AUGUCCACUAAUUUUGAAAAGCAUUUCCAAGAAAACGUCGAUAAAUGCACUUUGGAGCAGCUAAGAGACAUCUUGGUCAACAAGUCCGGCGAAAGCGUCCUGGCCAACAGAUUCAGAGCCUUGUUCAACUUAAAGACCGUUGCUGAGGAAUUCGCUACCAAACCAGAAGAAGCUAAAAAGGCCAUCGGAUACAUCGCAGAAUCCUUUGUUAAUGACAAGUCUGAGUUGUUGAAGCAUGAAGUCGCCUAUGUUUUGGGUCAAACCAAGAAUUUAGACGCCGCUCCAACCCUAAGACACGUUAUGCUGGACCAAAACCAAGAGCCAAUGGUCAGACAUGAGGCUGCCGAGGCUUUGGGUGCCCUAGGUGACAAGGGUUCAUUGGACGACUUAAACAAAGCAGCUAAGGAAGAUCCACACGUUGCUGUCAGAGAAACCUGUGAAUUGGCCAUCAACAGGAUCAACUGGACCCAUGGUGGUGCGAAGGACAAGGAAAGUCUGCAACAAUCCCUAUACUCAAGCAUCGACCCUGCUCCACCUUUACCAUUGGACAAGGACGCUAGCAUUCCAGAACUACAGGCCUUAUUGAACGACCAAAAGCAACCUUUGUUCCAGAGAUACAGAGCUAUGUUUAGACUGAGAGAUAUCGGUACUGACGAAGCGGUCUUGGCCUUGGCCACUGGUUUCAGUGCAGAAUCCUCUCUUUUCAAGCAUGAAAUUGCCUACGUUUUCGGUCAGAUAGGUAGCCCAGCUGCCGUCCCAAGUUUGAUCGAAGUUUUGGGCAAAAAGGAAGAAGCUCCUAUGGUUAGGCACGAAGCUGCUGAAGCCUUAGGGGCCAUUGCCUCUCCAGAAGUUGUCGGUGUCUUGAGAUCUUACCUUAACGACGAGGUUGAUGUCGUUAGAGAAUCUUGUAUCGUUGCCUUGGAUAUGUACGAUUACGAAAACAGCAACGAACUAGAGUACGCUCCAACUGCUAAAUAG